AUGGAGCCGCUGGAGCAAGUGACAGAGACGCCCAUAUCCAAUGCCCUGGGAAAAAGAUCUCCCGGCAGUGAUCUCAUAGAAGAAAUGAAAACCCAGAUAGGAUCUCAUCCUGAGGACUGUGUCUCUGCUUCUGAAGGAUCAACCUCAGACCCACUAGAUCACAUGGUUGUGAAAAUGGCCUGGGGUUCCAUGAUGCAGGCAAUUUCACCCCACUCUGACACUCGUCCACCUUGCAUAGAACCAGUCAUCAGGUUCAGCCAAGGAGAGAAGGUGGAGCAGCAUCCUUCUACCCUGAGUGUGCCCCAGGGAAGCAGCUCUGUUAUCAACUGCCGUUAUUCAGACAGUGCCUCAGAGUACUUCCCUUGGUAUAAGCAAGAGUUUGGAAAAGGUCCCCAGCUCCUUAUAGACAUUCGUUCAACCAUGGCCACAAAAGAAGACCAAAGAUUCACUGUUUUAUUGAAUAGGACAGCCAAACAUCUCUCCCUGCACAUCGCAGACACCCAGCCUGAAGACUCAGCUGUGUACUUCUGUGCAGCAAGCACACAUUGCUUCCCAGACAGCUGCUACCUGCACUCAAACCUGGGUCUGGGGCAGCCCCCUGUCCUUUGA